GCAAGCGUUUAUAGGUAUGAUUUGUUCCGCGGCUAAACCUCAUUAACAGGUAUUACGCUAUUAUUGUCGUUGUAAUACUAAUUAGAAUUUUAUAGACGUGUGAUGUUAAAAAAAACAUAAAUGUUAAGACAUAAUUCAAAUUGGCGUAAGGUAUAUCGGAUUGGUUUACCGAGUUAGAUUGAUUCGAGGAAAAGUUGCGAACUACGUAAUUUCAUGUUUUCAGAGAGCCAGAGUAAAAGUAACAUUGCUCUCAGCAAAAGAUUGUCAUAUCUGUUGCGUCAUGGGGCUAUAAGAGAAGGCUUAAAUAUUAAACCGAAUGGUUUUGUCGCAGUUACUGAACUACUGAAUAAAUCACUCCAUCAUUAUACUAUUGACGACAUAAAGAAAGUAGUGAAGGAAAAUAACAAGCAAAGGUUUACCCUUGAGAUUAUUAAUGGUAUUUUGGAGAUUAAGGCAAAUCAAGGUCACUCUAUAUCCAAAAUCAAUGAACUGAGUUUGAAAAUACUUGACUCUGUAGACUUUGAUAUAAUUCAUGGAACCUAUUUUAAGUGUUGGCCAAAGAUAAAAACUGAUGGUCUAUCACGUAUGAAAAGAAAUCAUAUUCAUUUUGCAAAGGGAUUAAAUUUCAUCAACGGUUUACGUCAAAACGCGGAACUGUUUGUUUACAUCAAUUUUAGAAAAGCAAAGGAAGAUGGCUUAGUAUUUCUUGAAUCCGACAAUGGUGUUGUUCUCUGUGCCGGAAAUUCAAAGGGAUUUAUCGAAACGAAAUAUUUUUUAAAAGUGAUUACUGGAGAUGGUCAAACAUUGAAUCUUAAUUAAAAAUACUGAACUUUUUAAUA